CUCGUUUUGUCGCCCAGGCUGGAGUGCAGUGGUGCUAUUUCGGCUCAGGGCAAGCUCCGCCUCUGCGUUCAUGCCAUUCUCCUGCUUCAGCCACGGGAUAGCCGGGACUACAGGUGCCCACCACCACGCCCGGCUACUUUCCCACCUUGCUUUUUAAUUUAAAGUAGGGUCUGCAUAUCAUCUGAACUCAUCUCUCUUUGGGGACAUCCCACAGGUCCAGAACUGCCAGCCGGUAGUAGGGGUGGCCGGCUAGGCUGUGGGGAGCAUGGAGAUUUAUCAGCAAAGGACGACCUGGACAAAUGUGCCCACACAUCCUCUCAGGCGAGGAGAAUCGACGGGAGAGAGAGGCCGACCCGUGUUCCCCGUGUUGCUGUGUACGGAGGAGCGGGUCCGAGGGACCUAGGUGUGGACAGGGACAGGCAAGGCGGGAGACGAGGAGAAACGAAAGCCACAUCGGUGGCGGGUGCUCUGCACACAACUCGCUCGCUACCGCACGCUCCCCGCUUCGCACUCAGCCGAUCCGGGGACAGGAGCAGGAGGGUUGCACCGGGACUCCGGGACAGGCCCAGCUGAAAACGGCGGGGCGAAGGGUGGGGUGGAGACGCCCGCGACGCCAAGGCUGGGGUCCCGGAACGUGCGGGGAGGAGGGUGGAAGGCAAAGGCAACUUCGGGGAAACUGGGAAAGGCGGCCAGGACCUCGGGGACACCGCAUACCGCCGGGCGCACAGCCCCUCACGCGCGAAGGGGCGCCAGAAGGGCGGUCCCGCGGCGCGCCGGGAGUGGAGCUCAGGGGUUGGUGCCCCCGGCCCUUCUGCUGCGCACAGCCCAGCCCAGGACCGCUGGCGGCUCGAACCCAGCGGGGCGGGUGCAAGCGCAGGGCAGGGCCUCUGCGCCCGGCCACCUCCCUUGAGUAGGAAAGCAGCCGCAGGCUGUGGCGCUCCACCUCGCCGUCCACGUGCGCCUUGCAGUCUCUCCAUUUAUCGCUUGAGAUCUCCAGCCUUACCGCGGCUCGAAAUGGACCCCAACUGCUCCUGCACCACUGGUGGCUCCUGCACGUGCGCCGGCUCCUGCAAGUGCAAAGAGUGCAAAUGCACCUCCUGCAAGAAGCGCUGCUGCUCCUGCUGCCCCGUGGGCUGUGCCAAGUGUGCCCACGGCUGCAUCUGCAAAGGGACGUCGGAGAAAUGCAGCUGCUGUGCCUGAUGUGGGAACAGUUCUUCUCCCAAAUGUUAAUAGAACAACCUGCACAACCUGGAUUUUUUUUUAAUACAAUACUGAGCUAUUUGCUGCAUUUCUUUUUAUAUUAAAUAUGUGAGUGACAAUAAAACAAUUUUGACUUGAA